GGUAGUUCUGAACCACUUUAAAGCCUUUGAUCACCAGAGACAUGAGUUUGAAAAAUGCACUUGGAACUCCACAGAACCUGGAUAGUCCUUCAUUUGUUAUGAAUGCUGUUGUAUCAUGACUCUCUUCUGCCAGCUACACCUGAUAAUAAAAUUUGUGACUGCAAGAAUUACCUUAAUUUUCAGACUGAAAGAAAACAUCUUUAUGAAUAAAUGGGAAAAACGUACACUGUGGCACCGAAGAAGAGACUUAACAAAGUUAAAACACCUUUACCAAAGGACACGUGUAGAGACUUGCAACAAAGGUUUUUACAGAUCAGAUAUGCUCUCCUGAAUCUCCACCCCAUUUCUUCACUCUGUUUAUCCUGGUUGUUCACUUUGCCAUAAUGAACCAUAGCCCCAGCCCACACUUGUCUGAAGGCGGGAAGUCAGCCGGAGGCGGCCUUCUCUGCAGCAUAGGUCUGGGGUCGGACCGUGGGAUCCGUUCCCCAGACAGCCUGGCCCACACGCCCAGCCCUACUGGGGGAACUCCCAGCUCCAGCCCCCCUCUGUUGCUGUCGCCUGGACUUGGAGGUCUGGGUCUAGGUCCUCUGGGUGAAGGAGCUGGAGGUGACUGGGAGACCAGGGAGGAGUUGAGGCUCCGGGAGCUGGAGGAAGCUCGGGCCAGGGCAGCCCAGAUGGAAAAGACCAUGAGGUGGUGGUCCGACUGCACAGCCAACUGGAGAGAGAAGUGGAGUAAGGUCCGUGCAGAACGGAACAGAGCUCGGGAUGAGAUCCGGCAGCUGAGGCAGCGGCUGGAUACCCUCACCAAGGAGCUGACCGGCGUCCGGCGGGAGCGGCAGGAGCUUGCCACCGAAAAUGAGGCGCUGCGACAAGAGACACUGCAUCUCCGUGGCGACCCCACUGCUAAUCUGACUACCGGCACAUCUUCCUUACCUUUGUCACCUCUCCAUCACAGUGCUUCCUCCUCCUCUUCUUCAUCUGCUACUCCCUCCUCCCCGGCACCGUCUCUCUCAUCCUCUAAGGUCAUAACAGACUGCAAGUUUGAGGAGGGAGCACCAGGGUCUCCUGAAGCAGAACCGGUGAGGGAUGUGGACUUGGACAGAGAGAAGAUGGGCCAGCAGAAGGAUUUGGAGCUGCUGGAGUCAGUCUUGCAUUGUGGAGCACCAAGUUCUGACGCUCAGGACAGCUGGAGCAGUCGGGGUGUCAGCUCAGCCGGCUCCCGCUCAUCAUCAUGUCUGAGCCGGCAGGAACGGAGCAAGCAACUGUGGGAGGACAUGAGCUCAGUGGAAGAAGAUACCAGCAAACUCAACGCCUUGCAGCUCAGACUCGACGAGUCGCAGAAAGUCUUGCUGAAAGAGAGAGAAGACAAGCUGGCCCUGAGUAAGAGCAUCGAGAGACUGGAGACUGAACUCAGCCAUUGGAAACUGAAAUACGAGGACCUUAGUAAAAGCAAACAGGAAGCACUCAAACAGCUGAAUCUGCUAAAGGAAAUGCAUCAAGAUGAACUAGGCCGCAUCUCUGAAGACUUGGAAGAUGAACUGGGAGCUCGGACCAAUAUGGAUAAGAAACUGGCUGAGCUUCGAGCUGAGAUGGAGAGACUGCAGGUGGAGAACGCUGCAGAGUGGGGCCGCAGGGAGCGCUUGGAGACGGAGAAACUGGCUCUGGAGAGGGACAACAAAAAGCUGCGGGCUCAGGUGGAAGACCUGGAGGAGCAGCUGGCCAAGAAACGUCGGCAGGCUGCCUCGGCACUUGACACAGACUUGAAGGCCAUCCAGAGUGAGUUGUUUGAGAGAAACAAGGAAUUGGCCGAUCUUCGUCAUGUUCAUGCAAAGCUCAAGAAGCAGUUCCAGGAGCGCACUGCGGAGCUGGCCCACGCCAACCGGAGGGUGGAGAGCCACGACGCCGAGGUCAAAAAGCUCCGUCUGAGGGUGGAGGAGCUGAAGAAAGAACUGGGCCAGGCUGAAGACGAGCUGGAUGAAUCUCAUAAUCAGACAAGGAAGCUGCAGAGGUCUCUGGAUGAGCAGGUGGAGCAGACUGAGAAUCUGCAGGUCCAACUGGAACACUUACAGUCAAGGCUGAGGCGGCAGCAGCAGAGUCCUGCUCUUUUUGGGAAGAUACGAUCCGCUCGCUUUGGUCCUGAAAACCCAGAUGGCCCAAGAAGUGAUGUUGAUGAGGAAGAGGAGGACCUCCAGUUACAGAUUCCAUGACGUAUGUCCCCAUCCACAAAUGAACAGGAUGUUGGGACAUCAGCAGUCAUAUGAACAAUAUGAAGUCAAUGAAGUGUUUUGCAGAAAAUAUCCCAAAAUCAUCAGCUAUAUUUAAAUCCAAAAGUCACUGUCUGUUUCUUGUUCAAACUGUAAAUUCAUGUAGACUUCUCAGGAUGUCAAAUAAUUUCUGAUCAUGAGUUAAUCAAAUCUGAAAAGUCAACAGGUCUUCUUUUGGGAGACCGAGACCACAAGAUUUAAAUAAGGCUGCACUGUGCCAAGCACACACCAGGAGCCUCAUGUAUGAAAGAAUGCGCAGCUUUCACACUAAAAAUUGACUCAUGGAUAAAUUGAGAAAAGUGUAGCGCACAAAAAAAUUCAGAUGUAUAAAAACUAUGCGUGCACACAUACCUGAGCUCAUUUCAUUUAUACAUCCUAAUUUACAGGAAAUGGAGCGCAGCUGCUGGUCCGCCUUGCCAUCACCCAUAAAUACAUUUGUAAAUUAGUAAAAUACCCAGAAGGCUGCUGCCAUGAAAAGCAAUAACCAUGGCAACGUUUUUUGCAUGUAGCAGUAUGAAUAUUUAAAAUAAUUAUUAUUACGCAUCCUAAAAGGUGCUUUCAGGACACAUAGAUUACCUCACAAAAAAUAAAAAUAAUACAUUUUAGAGAAAAAAUUGCAAAAAGAAAAUAAAGUGGAAAUGCUUGUUGGAACAGCAGAGCAUUCAGCUGGGAUUUAAAGACAGACAACGUGCUAGAGAGACCUUUGGGGUGAGUGGGGAAUGUGGAAGUUUAUUCUAUAAUAAUAAUAGAGAAAUCAUGUGUAUUGUCCAUUUACAGAAUGGAGAUGCUUCCUAUUCAGAAAGCUGGCAAGGCUUGACUGAAGGACGAUUGUCUGACCUGUCAGCAGCACCAGCUGAACCUGAACCGGUUCAUGGCUCCUUUAAGUCCUGCGCAGAGCUCCAUAAUGAUCAGUCUGGGCAAUCUAAACUCUAGUAAACCAUUAACAUUUCCCAGCAGAUCAAUAUGUCUCCGAUAAAACACUCUCUCUGAAUUCUUCUAUUGCUGGGUUGCAGAUGGUGUAGCAACAACGUCACCCAAUGCAAAUGGAGGGCAGGAAGUAAAUGCAGCCCAUUUAUUUCUGCUGAUCCAGCAUCAAAAUGCCUUAAACCUGUGUCAUGUAAGAUUGUUUAAACCACUCUAAUUGAAAGGAAGAUAAAUAUUAUCUUUUACCUUCACUACCUUGUAAAGGUAGUUGUUCACAGGAUAGUUAAUUAAAAAAAAAAAAACUUACCCUAAAAAAUAAAAGGAGUGAAGUGGAUCAACAAUCUACGGCUAAAAAAAUGGGAGGCGGGGAAAGUAAUAACCCGUUACCUGUUUCUAACAGGUAACGAUCACAUCGUUUAAAUUGUAUUUUCACAUAUUUUAUUGGACAGUUACUCUUGUUGUUUAUUGUUCACAAAAUUUGAGUGGCUGCCGCAUAUUUUUACAGAGGUAGAAAGUUUGUACUUUAAUUUUUUUACAUGCCAACUUGUGCUUAAAAUAUAGCGCAGCACAUUUUUAGUGCGUACGCACGCUUUAUACAUGAGGCCCCUGGUCCCUACGAGGCUACACACUUGCUAAAGCUCACAUAUAUAUGAGGCACCAUGGGCCAAAACCUAUAGACUCACAUGUACCAUCAAACUCCUAUGCAUAUACUAAUAUGCUCUCAAAUCAGCCUUUUAUACUUCAUUAAAAAUAUGUUUUACCCUGAAGGAAAAUCUAUUUUAUCUUUAGAAAAUAUAUAGGUAAAAUAGACUAAACUAAAUAGUUCAUUAAAAUGUGAAAUCAACUAAAAUGAUUUAGAAAAAAAAAACAAAAAACUUUUUUUUUUUUACUUGAGGAAAAAGUGCUCACAAACAGUUAUGAAAUUAUGGAACGUGUUUGACAUGGAAGCUGAAGAAUCUCUGACACUUGAGGACUUUGCACUUUACCUCUAAUUAAAAAAUAAAAACUUUCUUUAUACAUUUUGGUUAUUUUAAAGUUGUUUAUUGUGAAGACAUUGCAAAUAGUAGAAACAUAUUGGUAAAGCACAAAAAACAAUAUUAAUGUAUUUAUAGCCAUACGAUAGAUUUUAAAUCCUUCAUACUGAAUUCAGUAUGAAUUCAUAACUCAGUUAAAGAUUGUCUUUUCAGUUAAAGAUUGUCUUGUCAGUGCGUUCUUGAAGGACCAAAGCUUUAGCAAAAAAGGACCUGAUCUUGAACUUGCUUGCACACAUCAUUUUAGACUCUUUUUGUGCUUAAAAUAUAGCGCAGCACAUUUUUAAAAGAUUGCCUUUUCAAUGGGUGGCCCAGCUACUCAAUGGUUGCAUCAUUGCUUUUAGGGAGGUUGCAUAAACUACAAAACCUCAUGACUGGGCCUCCAGUCACGAGGGACUGAACCACAGGAGGUUGGUAGAAGAACUAUCAAUCUCACAGGACACAAAAUAUGUUUUACAGUCUCUUCCUCUUUUCAAUGCUCCCUGCCUCCCAUCCCAUGGUGGUAUUUUUCUCUAUCAAGUGUAAUAUAAUAGGGAUAUUUAAAUUCAUGAAACCCUGUUGCAGUCUGUGCCAUACCACCUGAUUCUUCCUACCCACACCAAUUCUAGUCAUCAAGGCUUAGAGUCCAAAAAUGUACACAUGUUCCUGAAUCAACAAAUAUCUAAACAGUAUUAGUAUUAGUGGACUCAUGUUGAAGUGGAGACACAUGUAAAAGUUGCAGGACACUUGAGGACUGGAAAGUGAUGACCUCUAAUGUACAGACACAAAGAGAUAAGACCAGUAUGUUUUUUAACGAGUUUUCCCUGCCAUUUUGCCACAGGAUUGGACCAAAGGGGCAGCUGCUGUACCACUAAUGAAUGUUUUCUAGAGACAGACAGGUUUAAAAUGCAGUGCUUUGUUUGCCAGAGUGUCAUCCUGCUCAUAAAGCAAGUUUGAACAUCUGCAUUCAAUACCUUUGAAAAGUCCCAUAGAAAUAAAUAUUGACAUAAUAAAAUUGUAUUUCAUUUUAUGAUGAAAACUUGUCAACACCUUGGAAUAACAUCUUUAGAUCUAAGUAACCUUGACCUUUGGAAUCACAUAUUUUUGCUUUGAAAACGCUAUUUGGCUAUAUAUUGCACGAUUUAAUUUUUUUUUAAGGUUUCCACAGUAAAUUAUUUUUUUUCUUAAAAACAUCAUCAUGGUGAAUGGUGUAUUAUAUAAAUAAGAAUAAAUAAUUAAAAGUGUGACUUUGAGCCAGCAUCAGACUCAUCUGCUGCUGUAGUUGAUGGUGAAGUUUGACAGCUCUUCAGACUGGAGCUGUGAGGUUUCAGUGCGCAAAAGAACUAAUAUAACCUUUUAAUAAACUUUCAGAAAUUAAGUAAAGGUUUUAUGGUUCACAAACUUAAGUUUCUAAAUGUUAUGUUAUUAGCAAAGGAUAAUUAGUUGUUCGUAGCACUGUUGCCUUGCAGCAAGAAGGUCCUGGGUUCAAUUCCCAGCCCGGGGUUUGCAUGUUCUCUCUGUGCGUGUGUGGGUUCUCUCUGGAUACUCUGGCUUCCUCCCACAGUCCAAAAUAUGACUGUUAGGUUAAUUAGUCUUUCCAAAUUCUUCCUGGAUGUGAGUGUGUGUGUGCAUGGUUGUUUGUCCUGUUUGUUUCCAUGUUGCCAUGCGACAGACUGGCAACCUGUCCAGGUGACCCGCCUCUCGCCUGGAACGCAGCUGGAGAUAGACACCAGCAACUCCUGACCCCACUAGGGACAAGGGUGAAGAGAUAAUGAAUGGAUGGAAGGCUGGAUAAUCUAGUCCAGGUUUGAACUAUCUACAUUUUGUAGUUUUUAAACUAGAGCAGAUUAAAAAUUCUCAAGAUGGUGAGAAAAAAAUGUGGAAUAGCCCGUUAGCAAGUGAAAGCCAACUGGAGCUGAAGUUCAGCAUUUGCUGCAGCAGCAGAUGGUGUGCCCAGGCUCCGACUGUCGGCUUGUAUCUAACAUUUUAGAUAUUGCUGAAACUACUGUGGAAGCAUUUACAAUAUUAUUUAAAAGACUCAUUACUUAAAUGCCUGAGUAGCUUCUGCUAAGCCUUUUUCUCAUAAACAACCUUUAUUCUUUAUUACAGGCGUCCAAUCAGAAACUUAGAAUUGAAGAUAAUUUCCAUUUCCAUCAAGCUCUCUCACACACACACCACUAUAUUCAUCCACACACACCAUCAUUAAAUCUCACUUUCACAAACAAAAUAUUUACUGAUAUUCUCGUGUUCUGACAUUCAGUCUCACAUUUACUGUCAUGUUUUCAAAAUAAUGGAGCUAUAUAAAUGGAGAUAAUGGUUGAAUAUUUUUGUAGAAAUUUAAACUACAAUUUAAUUUGGAAAUACAAUAAACUCAAAAAUGAAACUUAAAAAAAUGUUUAUUGAAGGAUAAAAUAAUUUAAAAAUGAAUACAUCUCUGGUUUUUGCAAAAUUUCAUUAUGCUUUUUUUUGUAAAUAUAGAUUUAAUAUUUAAGUAAAUAUUUAUAUAUGUAAGUUUAUUUCAAAGUUUUUUUUGUUUGGUAAUACUGCACAUAAGACAGUUAAUUAGUAUAUGUAAAAGAGUUUGAUGGCAUAUGCAAGAGAAUUUGUAAGUUUUGCCCCACAUGGCCUCUCAUACUUAUGAUUUGACGUAUUUACAAAGACAUACAACAAGCAGACAACAACCAGUGGCUGGAGUGAGAUUCCAUGUUUCAUAGGCUGAGUGCGUGUGUUACUUCAUCAUCAGACUCCAGCUUGUGUCAUCUGUUUUUAUUUUUACCUCAAAUGCACAAAUACUGCAGCUUUCUCAUUUGAACAGUGCUACUGGAAAAAAAACGAGCUCAAGCCUUCAUUUACAUGAGCAGUAUCAAUAUAUCACCCUAUGUUGUUUUUCAGAUGAAAAGUUUGUUCUGCUGGCUGAAGUGCUUAUUGAUGAUCUUGAUAGCAUCCUUGGGUUCAACUUACUGUUCUGAUGUUUUUCUAUAUUUCAUAUCCAAGCAGCAAACCUGAACCUGCAAGCAAUGAUAACACUAGAUUAUCAACCCUGUUGUAAGUGAUCUGGAAGUGAUGUAUUUAAUAUGGCUGCAGCUGAUCCAGGACAACACAACCUGGUAUUAAACCAGGUGAAAGCAUCAGUUAAUAUAUGUAUAGAUACUGAAGAAUAAGAAGCUGAGAGAGACUCUGGAAGUAACAGUCCAUCAGUGAGACGUGCUUCUGGGAUGGAAAAUAUUUCACACAGAUAUGGUCAGGUCAUAUUUAAAAAAUACCAAAAAGUCAGAAGUGAAGAAAGCUAUGACCUCUUGGUAUGAAGUAAAAUGUCUACUUCAUUUUACCGAUCAGGCAGUAUGUCUGAAGCACUGUCCACACACCAACUCCACCAGCACAACCAAGAUGCUUGAGAACUGAUAAAACUUGAGAUACUGAUUGGUUGUUUAUUUCUGCAGAUCUUUGCUGUUGACUAAUCAUACCCAGAAAUAUCUUUAUUGGUGUCUGUAUCUGAAUUUUUUUUUUUUUUUUACAUUUCCUGUGUGAACCCCCAGAUUUCAGUCUGAGCUUCAGUGACAUUGUGGCGAAAAUGAAAAUGCUAAAACUUAGCAGACUUCUUUGUUACAUUUUAAGUUUCAGUCAAAGGUUGACACUUUGUGCCAACUUUUAAGCUUCCGAAUUUAUAAUUCAGCCUGUGAUUUGCAUUCAGACCAACUAAGUACUUCCUCUGCUCACUGGGAGAUGCUGAAGUGAUUACUUAUUGAUGCUCAUCUUAAAUAAUGUACAGUUCUGCAAACACAGUUGUGGAAUUUUUCAAUUUUCCUCCUCAAAUUCCUAAAGUUAGGAUCAAGAGAGGGAGUAAAUGUGUCAUAAAAGAAUAAAUCACAGCUACAUUUACAUUGCAAGCCAAUGGUAUUGCUUUGAGUUUUUAAUGUUAGAACCAGCAGGUAUUGAAGAGGAGGCCAUGUUUGAGAACUAUGUCUCUGCUCCUCUUGGUCUCAGUACUUACCCUCUCCAUCCACAAUCACUCUGUCUCAGGCUUAUCUCUGAUGCUGGAAGAGGACCAAUAUAUUUGUAAUGAUCGUCACUCUGUAUUCCUACUAUUUAUGCUGUUGUUAUAAAUGUGUUUUUAUAAA